CAUAAAGGGGCUUUUCGUAUCUUCCAGCUUCCCAGAUGCCUCAGCUGCUGCAAAACAUCCACGGGAUCAUCGAAGCCUUCAGGUGCUAUGCCAGGUCAGAGGGCGGCUGCAAAGUGCUCACGCGUGGGGAGAUGAAGAGGCUCCUGGAACAGGAGUUUGCCGAAGUCAUAGCGAAGCCCCAUGAUCCUGCGACGGUGGAUGAAGUCUUGCGCCUGUUGGAUGAAGAUAACACAAGGGCUGUAGAGUUCAAGGAAUUCCUAGUCUUAGUAUUUAAAGUUGCUCGGGCUUGCUUUGAGACACUGAAUGCGAGUCCUAGGGGUGAUUGCAUGUCUGACAAGUCUGAAAGCUGCUAUCCUGGAUCCUCAAAAGAGCUGGAGCAAGGCCAGAGAGGGAGCACUCAAGCGUCAAGGGAUGGAGCAGAGCAGUGCUGUGACAGCAAACGUGGACAGAGAGAUCAGGCUUCUGGAGGACAGGUCAGGGUGGCGACACCUCCCCAGAGUCAGGACAGCUACCCUACACAGGCCAGCAGUCACGACAGGCAGGCUGAACCACAGAGACAGGAGAUGGUAACCCAGCAAAUACAAGCGAUGGGACAGGUUGGGCAGAGAACAGAAGAUGAGAGUUGCGCCAAAGAGAGGAGGUCACAGCAGCCUCUGCGGAUUAGUCAACAGACAGAUGAGAUCACGGCUGGAACCGCAACUCAGACCCAAGCAGGCACCUUCUACACGCAGGAGUCCGCCUGUGACCAGAACAGAGACAGUAACAGCCAUGGGCGAGCCAGGGGCCAGGAAGACCAAGCUUCCACACAGCACUACCAGGCACGGGAAGGGUCUCAUACUCAGAUACACACCCAGACAGUAGAACAGGGUUGGGGGCAGCAAACAGGGAGUGGCAGAAUCCAGACACAGGGAUCCAUUUUUGACCAGAACAGAGAGACUGAGACUCAAGUCCAAGACAGGAACGAGGGAAGGCAGGUUGUUAAAGAACACGACCAGGCACAGGCAGAGUCAUAUACUCAGACACACACCCAGACGUCGGAACAAGGCAGGAGGCAGCAGGCAGGAAAUAGCAGUAUUCAGACACAUGGAGCCAUCUAUGGACAAAACAGAGAGACUGAGAUCCAUGGUCAAGACAGCAUCCAGGCACGCCAGGUGGGGACAGGACACUGCCAGACACAGGAAGGGUCGUAUACUCAGACUUUGGAGCAGGACGAGAGCCUGUCCACAAGUCAAGUAGGGGACCGAGAAAAGGGACAGACCCAAGUACAGUCAUGUGUGGGCCAAAGCUGGACACCAGUACACAAUUAUGAUACAGGAGAGCCCGUGCUAGGAGGGCAGGUCCAGACUGAGACAAACACUGUGAAAGAAAGACAAGAGUGGAGUGGCAAUCACCCAAGUCUGACAGGAGAGCAGGGAGAGAGAGUGCCCACAAUGGUUAGAGAAGAAAGGGCCAAUGACCACACAAAGGAAAUGGUGACCCCAAGCCAGGAUGCUGGCAGCCUGCACUCUGGCAUCCCUUCAGCUCAGAUCCAGGAUACAGCACAGCUGGAGGAGGAGGAGAAAGGAGAAAGGAGUUCCUACUCGAAGACAGACCAGCCAUGA